AUGAGAAGUGAGAAACUGGCAGUGAAGAAAUCAUCGCCUCUUCCGGUUUUGCUCAGCGGAGAGGAGAUCAGCGAACGGGAUGUCUAUCUCACCUGUACCCGUGCUGCCAGUGCCAAGCCGGCAGGAGGGGCAGCAGGGCCAGGCUCUGACAUGCCAAUUGAUAGCCCUUUCUUUACCUGGAUGUCCGCCUCCCACACAAAGACGCGGUGCAAGGUAUGUUACAUCGUGAGAGUUCGAGCAAUGGCGAUGACCAGAGACGACUCUAGCGGGGGCUGGGUGACAAUGGGAGGAUGUCUCAGCCAUGUAAUGAUCUGCAAGGUUCGGCGACCAGACACCUCUCACCGAGACUACCUUAUCCGAGGGGAACGGAUGCGAGACCAGGCUACUGUCUUCGAGUGUGUCCUGAAGAAGGGCCUAGUGUACAAUAAAGCCAACCCCAUAUUCCACCACUGGAAAGUCGAGGAGAACAAGUUUGGGCUGACCUUCCAGAGUCCGGCUGAUGCUGUAACAUUUGAAAGGAGCGUGCAAGCUGCCAUGGAGGAACUCGCAGAAGGGUCUCUGUCACAUUCAACAUCCUCAUCAUCAUCCUCCACUUCUCGGGAAGAAGCGCAAGCUUUGGAGGAUGUCAUUCCACUUCAUACAGACAGUGAAUCGUCUUCUAACAGCCGGAAGGAAAUGUUACCAAAACAUAUCACCAUCGUCACUAGCGAGUCAUCUUCCAGCUGCUAUGCGAGAUCGCCUGUUUCUGAAGAGUUCGGUUUUACUACUGGUCCAUCAGUUAGUCCUACAACACAGUCACAGCCUCUGCAGCGCCUGUCUUUCCAUGAUGAAGAAGAGCUCGAGAGCAUCAACCCUUGCAAAGACCUGUGGGUGUCGAAGGGUUAUGAAGACUACAGGCGUGCGGCUCUUCAGCGGCCUGAGCAGGCCAAGACUGACCUGCGUGUCCACUUCCAAAAAGCCAGCGGGAGCAAAGCCAAGGACAGGCAUUUUCCAGCAGUGGUGGCCACGACGACAGCAGAAAGUGAAGGGCCUGUGAAGGACCCUAGAGCCUCUCCUUCCUGUAGGAUUCAUGGCACCCCUUCUCCUAAGUCUAAAGAACACUCUCACAUGGCAGGGGAGGAGGACGCAGCCACUGCCCGCUGCGUGUAUUGCAGGGACGUGUUCAGCAGUGAAGAGAACGGUAGAGGGCAGUGCCAGGAUGCUCCAGACCCCAUAGAGCGUUGUGUCUACCAGCUUUCCUGCAUGUGGUGUGCUGAGAGCUUACUGUACCACUGCAUGUCAGACUCAGAAGGCGAGUAUUCGGACCCCUGCUCCUGCGACCCGGGGCACCCCCACUUUUGCAUACGCUGGGUUGCCCUGGUAGCCUUGUCCCUCGUGGUCCCCUGCAUGUGCUGCUACCUCCCACUACGGGCGUGCCACUGGUGUGGGGAACACUGUGGCUGCUGCGGGGGUAAGCAUAAGGCAGUGCGGUGAGAGGAGGAGAACAGGGUGUAAGCAGGAAAGCGUAACGUUCUGUCUCUAACCUCCUGAGAGCCAGCAACUAUUUAUAUGGCGAGAUCUGCCACCGUCUUUGUGAGCGCGCAGGUCUUGCGUCUGGCCGGAGGUUUGUGUUUUAUUCAGACAGGCUGCAAAAGGCAAUGACCUACCAAAU